AUGCCUUGUCGCAUUGGAGCAGAGCAUUGCAGCCAACUCUACAGUCUAUCCAACAUCAGCACAAGAAGAACGUCCAGAAUACAUACUAUCACCUCGACGUUAUUCCGUGUCCGCAAAUCCUUCGUGCCCGGCCAGCAGAGCUUGCCAAGCACGAGCUACGCCAGGACCGAGGAACAAGCCCAUCGUCUUAUCAUCAGCCAAGGCGGCAUAGGUGACAACUUGUACAUUGUCGAAAAGGGCACAUUCGACUACUACUUCGCCACCGCCUUGACCCAACAAAAGACUGCCCUCAGCAUCGGCACCAAACAUGGCACCGCCCACCCCGGCGGCUUCUUCGGCGAGCUCGCCCUGCUAUACAACGCUCUACGUGCCGCAAAAUAA